AUGGCGGAAUAUCAAAAUUCAAAUCGCUUUGUUACCCUCGUCAAUUUAUAUUUCAAUAUUUAUUUCGUUGGUGGAAUAUUCUUUCAAUGCAUUCUACUCUAUCUAAUCCUAACAAAAUCUCCAAAAUCGUUAGCGAAUAUGAAAUAUUUUCUAAUGAAUACAUGUUUCAUACAAACUUUCAUGAUUUGUUGCGCGUUUUUUAUUCAACAUCGAGUUUUGCCAAAUGCAGCAAGUUUAGCAAUUUUGGCAUAUGGGCCUUGUAGAAGACUUGGGCCCAAUGUUUGUUUUGCAACUUAUCAUAUUUUUCUGGUGAGUUCAAAAGUAAAAUGGUCUUGAAAAAAAUUCAGAAUUUGAAAUCUUGAAAAGCCGGCCCUGCUUCUCAGAUGUAAUUUGAAAAUUCCUAAAUCUAGUUUUUCAGGGCGCCACAUUUUCUGGCGCACUCUCCGUCUCAAAUACCGUACUCUUCAGAUAUCUAGUUUUGAAGCAACAUGAAAUAACAAAAAAUCGGAUUAUUGUCAUAUUAUUGGCAGCUAAUAUAUUACCGCUAAUAUCAACUGUGAGUUCAAAAAAACAUUGGGAGAAAAAUGAGAUGAAAAAUGCUAACAAUUCUUUCGCAAAAUAAAAAAAAGAUUGUUAGUCAUUUUUCAAUUAAUUUUUGUUUCUAUUCAAAUCGGACAAUAAAAUAAUAAGAAUCUAAAAACCAAUCACAUAAUUUUUCAGAUCAUUCCAUUCACUGAUAAAUGGGAUUUUCCAAGUGUUUGGAAUCAAACAUCGGAAGAACAUUCACAUUAUGAUUUAUCAAUUUAUUAUCCGUAUUCAGGAUUUGCAAAUGUAAAUUCUAUUCCAUUCUUAUUAGCUACAACAAUUUUAGCAAUUGGAGCCUACGGUAUUCCAGUUGGCUGCUUUUUUCUAACAAGAAAAAUUUUGAGUAUUAUAAAUGAGCAUAGAAGUAUGUCAAAAAGAACAAAAGAACAGGCAAAGACACUAGUUAGGGUGAGUGAUUUCAAACAUUUCCUAAAAACUUAAAAAAAAAUUACAGGGCCUGGCAUGUCAAAUAAUAACUCCGGUAAUUUGUUAUAUUCCUAUUUUCACACUUUAUACAUAUUCUCAAACUACAAAAACUGAAAUGCUUGCCAUUGAACAUUUGCUAAUUAUAAUGCUAUCCCUUCCAGGAAUAUUGGAUCCAUUUUUGAAUUUUUAUUUUGUGGUUCCUUAUCGAAAUGCAAUUGUGAAAGCUAUUAUGAGAAAAGAGGAUGAGGUUAAAAGUAGUGUUCCAGCUUCAACGGUUUCAGCGAGAAGUGUUAUUGUUAAAUUAUAA